CAGGGGCGGACUGACAACUCAUGGGGCCCCCGGGCAAUAGAGGAUCAUGGGGCCCCUGUGUCCUUGCCCGAGUUUCCAAAUGGUCAUUUGGGCAAGGACACAGGGGCCCCAUGAUCCCUUAUUGCCCAGGGGCCCCAUGAGUUUUCAGUCCGCCCCUGCUCCCAAUGCAUACUUGCAAUCAGAAGCUUUAUGAUCAUGUGACAGCCAAUCACAGUGGUCACAUGAUUAAAAAGACUGCCUGCCAGCAUUUUGAUCCAGUUAAAGGUCCA